CGCGGCCCAGAGGGAGGGGCGGGGAGGCCCGUUGCCAUGGCGACCACACGGCGCAGGAACAAACCGUCAAAGUUUUCAGCCGGAUCGGCGUUUUAACUUCAAAAGUCUGAGCUGACGGUUGAUUGACAGCUGAGGAUGAGUUCGGCGGCGGCGGCGGCACCGCGGCGGCCCGAGCCGUUUCUGCCGCAGAUCAACAUCAACAAGAGCAGAAAAGACAGCGGCAGCCCUCAGCUCCGAAGGCUGAAGAAGGUGAAGGACUCGGUCCAGACUGCAUCAGCCCAGACGGCACAAACAAUCUCCGAGGAAGAUGUUGCGCUGUUCAGAAACAGUGUGAAGCAGAACAUCUGUGUGGAGAUGCUGCGAGAGGGCAACCACAGGUCGUUCUCGGAGCUCUUCUCUCUCUGCGGCUCUGAUCAGGCUCGUCGUUCUGCUGCUGGUCCAGGAUCAGACGUCUGGCGUCAGCCGGCUCUGCAGGACCAGCCGGACAAACUGCAGACGCUGCAGCUGCACCUGAGCCGGGCUGAGCACGCCGAGAGGACCGGCUCCUGGUCCGUGGCCUUCGAGCAGCGUCUGUCUCUCGCCCGCUUCUUCUCGUCUCCGCAGGAUCGCUGGCUGAGCCUCCACUUCUACCGGAGCAGCCUGGACCGGGUCGGGCGGCUGCCAGGAGGCCGGCCUCUCGCCCAGGCCAGAGCCAACAUGGCCGACGCCUACCUGGAGCAAGGUGUGCUGGAGGAGGCGAGGCGGCAGGCGGAGCUGUGUGUGCAGGAGUCAGAGGCCGGCGGCUGCUGGGACCUGAAGCCUCGGGCGUGUCAGACUCUGUGGAGGAUCUGCGGCCGCCUGGCCGACGGCGCCCACGACGACGCCGAGCGGCUGCAGCUGCUGCAGCAGGCGCACGGCAGCGCCGCUCACGCUGCAGACCAGAGGAUGGAGGGGGAGGCGGCCUACCGGCUAGCACUGGCCUAUCAGAGCGCAGGAGAGCAUGCAACCGCUAAACAGUUUCUCACCACAUGCAUGGAGAUUUGCAGCUCGCUACAAGAUGCAGACGGUCUGGGGAAGGCUUACAAAGCUAUGGCCAAGUCUAUGGAGAGGGAGGGGAAGCUGGACGACACAGUUCAGUUCUUGGAGAAAUUCUCGGACGUGUCCAGCAGCAGCGACCUGAAACACAACCUGCAGGACGCCUGCAUGUGUCAGGGCAGCAUCUACUACAGCAGGGCUCAGUACGACCGGGCGUUUGAGUUUUUCCAGAGGGGCUACCACGCCGCCUGUGAGCUGCACGACGAGGCUCUGGUGCAGCGAGCGCAGGUUUUGCUGGGCAGUGCUCGAGCUCACAGCCUGAUCGGGACGUUCAGCGCUGACAUGAUGGAGCAGAGCGGCGACAGCACGAGCAGCUGAGCAGAGGAGAUGAAGAGGAGGAGGAGGAGGAGGAGGAGGAUGAAGAGCUAAACGUUUCAUCACCAUGGAAACCCCAAUUAGAGCACAGCUAAUAAACACCACCACAGUAAACUUACUCAGGUGUUACUCUUACUGACGGGAGAAUAAAGCAGAAGGUAAACUGUGUGAUUUGAUGCCAACAAAAUCUGGAAAUGGUAAUUUCAUUUAGUGAUCAGGGAGAAGCUUGUUCGAAGUUAUUCAUGUUUUCUUACAAGAUAAUUAUUAGACAAACAAAAGAAAAUUUCAUUCAUUUCAAUGUUAUUAUCAUGUUAUUACCUACACAGCUCAACAGACUACAUUUAUUUCACAUUUAGGCCUCUGGCAUCCUUUAAUUAUAGGACUCAUAAUUACUAACUUUAUACUUUCUGUCCAACUGUGUAUAUUUUAUUGUCUAUUUUCUACCAUGCGGUGUUAAAUUUUUUAAUAUAACUUUAUUUUAAUAAUAAAUAUUUUGGGUUAUUGAUAGAAAAGCUGGAGUAUAUUUUUAUAUGCAUUAUUUCUACUCUAAAAUGUUCUGAGUGUUUCAGGGCACAUUUGUUCACUCCUUUAAAAUAUUGAAUCAUAUAAUUAAAGUGACUAAACAAGUUAAAAAUUACCAAAAUUAUCCAACUUUGUUUUUUAUCACUAUAAUUUUUUUUUAAAAAAUGUGUACUUUUUUGUAGAAAGUCAAUAUAUUCGCUUUCCUUCUCCUGC